AUGGAUGGCUUUAAUGAUAAUUACUUAAAUGAGGAUGAGGAUUUUAUGGGGGAUGAAUUUGGUCAAGGUAUUGAUAGUGAUGAUGGUGAGAAUUAUGAAAAUGAUAUUGAUAUAAUAACAGAUCAUCAAAUAAAGAAAGACAAUAAAUCAGAUUAUGAAAAUUCUGAGGCUAAUGAAGAUAAUAUUAGAAUAACUAGUCCAUAUUUAACUAAAUAUGAGAAGGCUAGAAUUAUAGGUACUAGAGCUUUACAAAUAAGUAUGAACGCACCCUUAACCAUACCUAUAGAGACAUCAAAUGAUAUGAUAAAUAGUAAAAAUGAGUAUGAUAAUUAUUUAAAUAAUGAUCCUUUAGUUAUAGCUGAAAAGGAAUUAUAUAAUAAAUCCAUUCCAUUUAUUUUAAGAAGAUAUUUACCGAAUGGAAGUUAUGAAGACUGGAGAUUAGAUGAACUUAUAAUUGAUUGA